AUGCCUGAGAUCAAAGAUAAGGAUGAGGUUUGUGCACAACGAGGAAACUUUACCUUUGCUAGAUUUAUCAAUCCUGGGGAGGCAGUUGCAAUUAUUACGGAAGAAACCUUGCACAAUAGGCAAGGAGUUCGUCGAUCUGCAAGACAUCGAAAAGCACUAAAAUCUGUCAAUCGCAUAACGGAUUACUUUCCGCAUCAUGACGAGAAGGGUUAUCUUAUCAAGGCCGAUGGUCAUUGUGUCAAGUUAUGCGAUUGUCUACGGACAUCUUGCCCUGGCUGUCAUUAUCCAUGCGAAAAGUGUGGUUCACGUAUGUGUGGGCCAGCUUGUCAAAGAAAUCGAGAUUACAUUAUUGAAAGCUUUUUUACUGACAGUGAACCACCCCGGUUUCGUAAACAUCCUUACUACAACCCGUGA